AUGGCAGCGCCAGCAAACGACAGCGGCGGCAGCGAACAGAGCCCCAGCAGCAGCCCCGGGAGCCGGGCCGGAGCAGGGGGCGCGGCGGCUGGAGGCCGGGACCGCGGGGAUAGGAGACCCCGGAACGCCACCGCUACGGCCCCAGGCCUUGCACCUCUCGAAGACUACGAGUGCAAAAUCUGCUACAACUACUUCGAUGCGGACCGGCGCGCGCCUAAGCUGCUGGCGUGCCUGCACACCUUCUGCCAGGAGUGCCUAAGCCAGCUACAGCUCCGCGCCGCCGCCGCCGCCGCCGCCGCUGCCAGCGCUGCGCCUGAGCGCGCGCAGCGCCCCCCGCCCUGGCACGAUCCUCCCGGCGCCAUCGCGUGCCCCGUGUGCCGCCACCGCACGCCGCUGCCCGACAGCCGCGUGCAAGCCUUGCCCAAUAACACCAAGCUCGCCGAGGCCUUCCCGCUAGCUCUGCGCGCGGCUCACGACCCGCUACCCCAGGACCGACUCCCGCCGCUGCCAGCACGCCGCGCAGAGCCUGCAGCACCCCAGCCGCCAGCCCCGGCCCCGCAACCAACGCCACCUGCAGAGGACACCGCCCCCGGACCUCGCGCCCGCCCGGGUCUGCGCGCCCCGGGCGCCUACGACAGCUGCCAGAACUGCAAGCGCGCUGCGCUCACCGCCGGCUGCGUGUGCGUGGUUUUUUCUUUUCUCUCCAUGGUGGUGCUGCUCUUCACUGGCCUCAUCUUCGUCAACCACUACGGUGGCGGUGGUGGCGGGGGACCCCCCGGAAGCGGAGCGCCCCCUGGGGAUGCCCCGGCGACUGGGUCGCCUUCGCCCUCGCCUGUGGGGCCCAUCUGUCUGUCGGUGGCCAGCAUCUUGGCGCUCUUCUCAGUCGUUGUCACCUGGGUUAUCUGCUGGCUCAAGUAUCGGCCCGAGGGUGCGGCCGCCAGCUCGGCUGGAAGCGGCGGCGGCGGCCCGAGGACGCGGGCAGCGGCGGCACCCGGCGGCGCACGGAGGAGCGACACGUAG